GCCGUGCAACGACGAUGGCGCGGCGGCGCGGCGCGACGCUGCGCUCUUGAAAUUUCGCUUUCGUUCAUCGCGGUUAUUAGUCGGCCGCGCGCGCUCUGGCGAGCAUGUGUCUUGUGUGACGCGCUCCCUAUUUACGUUCGAUUUCGUUCAAGUCGAUCGCGGCAUGGCACCGCGGCGGCAAGGCGCCACCGGCGAACGGGAAGCAGACGAUGUCCGUGGGUGCUGCGUUCCCGGAGAGUGCCUUCGCCCUCGGGAACCGGUGCGCAUAGAAGAUGCGGUCCGCGUGCUAUGCAACAACGACACGUGCGCCUCCGGCCGGUACAUGCACCGAGAGUGCUUCGAGCAAUGGGAAGGCGGCGUGCUCGCUUAUCUGAAGUCAUGCGGCAGAGCGCGGUCCUGGUCAGAGAGGCAGAGGCAUCAGAAUCUAUGGACGAAGAAGGGCUAUGAUUUGGCGUUCAAAGCUUGCGGUUGUCGCUGCGGUCGCGGGCAUUUGAAGAAAGAUCUGGACUGGGCGCCUCCAGGAGCCGCCGUGAGGGCUGAUGAAGAGAAAAAGAGACGCCGCCGAGCGAGGUCAGGCCGCACGCCGGUGAUAGCCGACGCCCGCACCAGGGCCUUCAGCCUGUCAAGCUCAGGGUCUUGCUCGCCCCCGUCGGCGCCUUCCGAGCCCUCGGCCAGCCCCACUCAUGCCCCGACACAUGCCGUUACACCCGCUAAGAGAAACUCCAAGCCCGAAAUCGUGUCUGAUAGAAUCAGGGCCGGAGCAGGUGCCAACGGGAUAUUUUCAAGAAGACUGGACUUUUCUACCUUCAAUCUUCUGCCGAAGCACAAGGUCAACUCUUACCAGAUAAAGAUCGAGGAUGAAGGUAACCAUGGCAACGAUGAGACGAGGCUGUUCAUCCUGUCCACACUCGCGGGUCAGCACAAGCCCAGGGUCUCCUGUGCUCUGUGCAAAGAGACUCUCCAUGUCUUCGACCGGUACCCCUUGGUCGACGGCACCUUCUUCCUCAGCCCUAUACAGCAUACCAGCAGCGCUGUUGAGGUAAAGGUGGAAGGCCGUACGCAGUAUAUGACCUGCGUCUGCAUGGGUUGCCUGGAGCGUUGCGACCCGGAGCGCACCAUCCGCUGUCGUUUCUGCGGCCAGAAAUGGGAUGGCUCGUCUCUUGUCCUCGGCACGAUGUACUCCUACGAUAUCUUCAUGGCUACGCCUUGCUGCGCUGAACGAUUGAAGUGCAACAGCUGCUUCAAGCCGCUGCUCCACCCGCAACAGCGGCUGAACUAUUCCGACUACUCUCACCCGCUGACGUGCCCGCACUGCCGGGUCCUGGACUCUCACUUCGUCAAGCCUCUCGGCUACUGUUACACAAAACGGGCCUACCCGCUAUUCCAGCAGUGGCCAUAA